GCAGAAAUGAGAAGUUAAGGUGGACGGACAAACUAGGAGAUUUCUAAAGACAAAAGUAUAAAGUAGGUAAAGGAUUACACACAAUCAUGGCUCCUUGGACGAAAACCACAAGAGAGCGGUAUGGUGUAGUAAAGUGGAACUUUGUUGGCCAAAAUGAGAAGCACCUUUCCCUGGAGGUGGGCGAAACUGUCCACAUCCAAGAGGUUUGCGAAGGUUGGUACAGAGGCUGCUUGUCUAGGAACAAAGCGCAACAGGGAGUGUUUCCAGUCAGUUUUGUUCAAGUUAAGGAAGUCAUAAUUGAAAAACGAGGAGAUGAGGAAGUGGUGUUGUCUGCAGAGAUGCCCUUGGUGAAGGAGGUGACCACUACGUUGAGGGAGUGGGGAAGCAUAUGGAAGCAGCUAUUUGUGGCCAAUAAAGAGGCACGUGUCAAACAGGUCCAGAGGCUGAUGUGGGAACUGAUGGAGUGGCGUUCUCAGCUCCUGUCUGGCACCCUGCCUAGUGAUGAAUUCAAGGAGCUAAAGCAGAAAGUUACUUCCAAGAUUGACUAUGGCAACAAGAUCCUUGAAUUGGACCAGGUUGUUCGAGAUGACGACGGGAACAUCUUGGACCCAGAGCGAGCCAACGUCAUCAGUCUAUUUCGGGCCCAUGAGGAGGCCACAGCCAAGAUCAAUGAACGCAUCAAAGAGGAGCAGUCCAACAUCCAGACAGACCACAGCGGGAUCUCAGCACGGAUCCAGUCCUCCCCCACCCACAGCCUCUACGUCUUUGUGAGGAACUUUGUCUGUCGCAUUGGAGAGGACUCAGAGCUCUUCAUGUCCCUCUAUGAUCCCAAUAAGCAAACCAUCAUCAGUGAGAACUACUUAGUACGCUGGGGCAGCAAAGGUUUUCCUAAAGAGAUUGACAUGCUCAACAACCUGAAGGUUGUCUUUACAGACUUGGGAAACAAAGACCUGAGCAGAGAGAAGAUUUAUUUGAUCUGUCAGAUUGUAAGAGUAGGCAGGAUGGACCUGAAAGAAGCAAUCAACAAGAAGUUUACUCAGGGCCUGAGGAGGCCUUUUGGGGUGGCAGUGAUGGACAUCAGUGAUAUCAUCAAAGGGAAGAUUGAAUGCGAUGAAGAGAAGCAGUAUUUCAUCCCCUUUUUCCCGGUAGUUGCAGAAAAUGACUUUCUCCACACCUUACUGAACAAAGUGACAACAUCACGAGGAGACAGUGGUGGCCAAGGGCUGUGGGUCACCAUGAAGGCUCUGGUGGGGGACAUCGUGCAGAUUCGGAAGGAAUACCCUCACCUCGUGGACCGCAGCACCGUGGUAGCCCGGAAGCUUGGCUUCCCAGAGAUCAUUAUGCCUGGAGAUGUUCGCAAUGACAUCUACCUCACCUUACAGGGCGGAGACUUCGACAAAUACAACAAGACAACCCAGAAAAACGUGGAGGUCAUCAUGUGGGUCUGUGAUGAGGAGGGCAAAGUCAUACAGAACUCCAUCUGUCUGGGAGCAGGGGAUAAGGCAGUCAGUGAGUAUAGAUCUGUCAUCUACUACCAAGUCAAACAGCCCCGCUGGAUGGAGACGUUUAAGGUGGCAGUCCCCCUGGAAGAAAUGCACAGAAUUCAUUUACGCUUUAUGUUCAGACAUCGCUCUUCCCAGGAGUCCAAGGAUAAGAGUGAGAAGAACUUCGCUAUGGCUUUUGUGCGUCUAAUGAAGGAGGAUGGGACUGUUCUGCAGGAUGGGCUGCAUGAACUUGUGGUCUUCAAGGGUGACAGCAAGCGCAUGGAAGACGUGAACUCCUACUUGUCUUUGCCCUCAACCCGCAGCCAUCACAGUGACCCCCACAAGAUGUCCACACUGAGCCGCAGCUCAAGCAGCGUGUCUGGGGGAGGAGGAGGCCUGUCUGUGAGCUCUAGAGACAGCUUCACCAUCUCCACCCUGGUCUGCUCCACUAAACUCACCCAAAAUGUGGGGCUUUUGGGUCUGCUCAAGUGGAGGACUCGACCUGAGCUCCUCAAAGAAAACUUGGAGAAGCUAAAAAUCAUUGAUGGAGAGGAGGUGGUCAAGUUUCUGCAGGACACUCUGGAUGCCUUGUUCAACAUUAUGAUGGAACACUCUCAGACUGAUGACUAUGACAUUCUUGUGUUUGAUGCCUUGAUAUACAUCAUCGGGCUCAUCGCUGACAGAAAAUUCCAGCACUUCAACACAGUGCUGGAGGCCUACAUCAAGCAACAUUUCAGUGCUACGCUGGCUUACAAAAAGCUGAUGUCGGUGUUGAAGAGGUAUCUAGAUGUGUCCAGUCGAGGAGAACAGUGUGAGCCUAUACUCCGAACCCUCAAAGCCCUCGAGUAUAUCUUCAAGUUUAUCGUUCGUUCACGCAUGCUCUACUCGCAGCUGUACGAGGGGAAGGAGCAGGCAGAGUUUGAGGAGUCGCUGAGGAGGCUUUUUGAGUCAAUCAACAAUCUGAUGAGAACAGACUACACCACCACACUGUUGCUCAGGGUUGCUGCUCUGAAGUACCUGCCAACAGUCCUGCAAGAUGUGGAGAAAGUAUUUGAUGCCAAGCUUCUCAGUCAGUUGCUGCAUGACUUUUACUCCUGCAUUCCUCCUGAGAAACUCCAGAAACAGAAGGUGGCCUCUAUGACUGAAAUUGUCAGCAGCCAGCUCUUCCAGAGACAAGAAUGCCGUGAUGUGUUGUUACCCCUGAUGUUGCGGGAGCUGAGUGGGGCACUGGUCACGAUGGCUGACGGCCCACACGAUGAGAGGAAAAACAGUUUGGAGCUCCUCAACAACAUCCUCGAGGUCCUCAGCAGGAACAAUGUGGGGGACACCUUCCAACAUAUCCAAGACAUUGUGGUAUCUCUGCUACGGGUCAUCAACCAGACAGUCAUCACCAUGGGUCGAGAGCACACUCUGAUUUCGAGGGUUGUUGCCUGCAUGACAGCUAUUCUAAGUCAGAUGGAUGAUCGACACUAUUCUACAUACAUCGAAACCUUCAGUGGAACUACUGAUCUAGUGGACUUCCUAAUGGAGUCCUUCCUCCUUUUCAAGGACUUGAUUGGGAAACAUGUGUAUCCGUCUGACUGGAUGGCCAUGAUCAUGGUACAGAACAGGGUGUUCCUAAGAGCCAUCAAUACAUAUGCUGACACUAUGAAAGAAAAGUUCCUUAAUAACGAUGACUUUGAAGUCCAGUUGUGGAAUAACUACUUCCACUUGGCAGUUGCUUUUAUUACCCAGGAGUCCCUGCAGCUUCAGCAUUUCUCCCCAACCAAGAGGAACAAGAUUCUGGCCAAAUAUGGAGAUAUGAGAAGGCUUAUUGGCUUUGCAAUCCGUGACAUCUGGUAUAAACUAGGCAGUCAUAAAAUCUGUUUCAUCCCCGGCAUGGUGGGUCCCAUCCUGGAGAUGACUUUGAUCCCUGAGGAAGAGCUGAGAAGGGCCACUAUUCCCAUCUUCUUUGACAUGAUCACCUGUGAACAUGCACGUUUUGGAAACUUCAGCAAGUUUGAGAAUGAGAUCAUUCUGAAGUUGGACCAUGAGGUGGAGGGUGGUGGAGGAGAUGAACGCUACAUGCAGCUACUGGAGAGCAUAUUGCUGGACUGUGCUGCUGAGAAACCCACGCUGAGGCCACAGGUGCAGCACUUUGUCUCCUUGGUGAAGGGGCUCCUCAUUCGUCUCCUUGACUACCGCACCGUGAUGAGCGAUGACAGCCGCAACAACCGCAUGAGCUGCACAGUCAAUCUUCUGAACUUUUACAAGGACAUCAAUCGUGAAGCGAUGUAUAUCAGGUACCUUUACAAGUUGAGGGACCUUCACCUGGAGUGUGAAAACUACACAGAGGCGGCGUACACACUGCUGCUCCACUCUCGUCUGCUCAAGUGGUCAGAUGACAUGUGCAGUCAGUUUGAGUUCCACGGCUCCCAAACGCAGCGACAGCUCAAAGAAACUCUCUACGAUACAAUCAUUGAUUACUUUGACAAGGGCAAGAUGUGGGAAGAGGCCAUCACUCUGUGUAAGGAACUUGCAGAGCAGUACGAAAAUGAGAUCUUUGACUACGAGCUGCUCAGCAAGAGACUGGAAAAACAAGCCAAGUUCUAUGAAAAUAUUAUGAAGAUCUUGAGGCCUAAACCAGACUACUUUGCAGUGGGCUACUAUGGACAGGGCUACCCUCCAUUCCUCAGGAACAAGGUGUUUAUCCACCGUGGUAAGGAGUAUGAGCGCAGAGAGGACUUCCAGAACCAGCUGAUGAGCCAGUUCCCCAGCGCUGUGCGUCUCAACACAACCACCAUGCCAGGGGACGAUAUCAAGAACUCUCCACUUCAGUAUAUCCAGUGUUUCACAGUGCAGCCAGUCCUCGAAAUCCCUCCUCGCCUGAAGAACAAACCCGUUCCUGACCAGAUCAUCAACUUCUAUAAGUCCAACUAUGUGCAGCGCUUUCACUAUUCCAGACCUGUGAGGAAAGGACCCGUGGACCCAAACAAUGAGUUUGCUUCCAUGUGGAUUGAGCGCACAACCUUUACCACUGUCUAUAAGCUGCCUGGGAUCCUGCGCUGGUUUGAGGCAACUGACAUGAAGCAUACUACCUUGUCUCCUUUGGAGAAUGCCAUAGAGACCAUGGAGUCAACAAAUGAGAAGAUUUUAACGAUGAUUAACCAAUACCAGUCUGACUGGAGCCUUCCUAUCAAUCCUCUCUCCAUGCUGCUCAACGGCAUCGUUGACCCAGCUGUCAUGGGUGGCUUUGCGAAAUAUGAAAAGGCCUUCUUUACUGAAGAGUACACCCAGCAGCACCAGGAGGACAGAGAUAAGCUGGUUCGCCUCAAGGACCUCAUCGCAUGGCAGAUCCCAUUAUUAGGUGGAGGAAUCUCCCUCCAUGGGAAGAGAGUAACAGAGGACUUGCGUCCUUUCCAUGAGCGCAUGGAGGAGUGUUUCAAACAGCUGAAAAAGAAAGUGGAGAAGGAGUACGGCGUGAGAGAGUUGCCGGACUUGGAUGAGAGAAAGUCUACUCGUCCACGCUCCAUGCUGCGAUCAUUUCGUCAGUCCGUCAUCUCGAUUUCCUCACUGCAGGGAUCCGAGUGUGGGACGCCAACCAAGACACAUGCAGACAGGGACAUUCCUCCUGAGUCUCCAAACUCCUGGAGCUCUGCCACCCUGCCACGCUCCAGUGGCAGUGUUAGUAUAGGUGAGGAGGGGAGCGUGAUGACAGUGGGUGAUGCAGAGGUCAAAAUGAGGAAGAGUAAGAAGAAAAAGAAAAGGAGCAGCAUGAUCUUCAUCACAGAGGAAAGAGAACGGACCAGUACACUGGAAUGCAAACGGCUGUCCAAGAAACAGGAGUUCCGCAGUGACACCAACUUGUCUGAGCCAAAUGAAGUAAAUGUGGCGCUGACCAAUGCCAACUCAAGAUCCCUGCCUGCCAUCACAGGCCUGUCCUUGUCAGUGGCAGGAGGGGCUGAGGAGAUGGAGUCCUCCAGAGCCAGGAGGGAUAGUAAGAGCAUGUCUGUGUGUGCAACCUCUGACCGAACAGCAGAUAGACGCUCAAAGGGUGUCAUCAACCUGUUAUUCAAGUCCAAGAGCUCCAGAUCAGAGGAAGUGAAGCCCAGUGAUCCACCCAAAGGAAGCGACAGCCAUUUUUGAAAUGUAUUAUUUUCAUUUCUUGUCUUCUUUACUUAUUUGUACUAUGCUUUUUUUUAAAACCAAAGACCUGUAGCUAAAUCCACAAUUAUACACUGACUCACACAGCCUACUUGUCUGUCUCAAUGUUGCUGUUGCCUUAAUAUAAUUGAUUUUACCUAUCAGUAAAGGCUAUUUUUGUUGUGUGACCUUUUUCCUGGCGAUUUAGAUGAUUCCCAGUGAAGCUAAAUGCCAUCUUACAGCUUUUCAAUCAAUUCUGCUUCUACAAGAAUGAGCAAACACAAACCAUCCCUCCGACACACUUGAUUAAAAGCUUCUCAUUAUACGGCUUUCAGCAUUGUUGACACUGAAGUUAAUGAGAAAAUAAUAAUUCUAUAAAGCACAAAGGUUACUGUGUCCUCCCAAAGGACUUUAAACUGGAACUUGUUGCCACGAGGCUUUGGCACUGAUACAACAAAUAGGAAAGUCUAAUAAACUCAAAUAGAGUCAACAAACUGUGAAACUCAUUGUACAACAUCAAAGCUGUGUGUACCCCAAUGUUGAGUUUGUGUUUCUGUAUGAAUUCUGUUGGGAGUUACUUUCUGCAUGGUUU